GUGCGAAGUGGCUGAUGAUAUUCCACCAUAAUCUAUCUUAUUCUACGAGAGGAACCACUUUCGGGGAGACAGACGGCGCUGAAAAUCGUCCCUCCUUCCCCCCCGCUCUUUUAGAAGAAGGGGAAACUCUAGUAUCCCCUGUUUUUAUCCGCGCGCGCACGUAUAUGUGUGUUUUGAUUAAUAAGUGUUGUCUGUCGCUCUCUAUUCGGAUGGUCGAGAAAAUCGAGGAGAAAACAAAUUGUUGCGCAAUUGGACGACAAUGGCUAAUCACUACGAGGUUCCAAAUUGGGCCGGGAAGCCACCAGUAGGACUGCAUCUGGACGUACUAAAGAAUGACAAGUUGAUACAGAAGCUUAUGGUGGAUGAGAAGAAGUGUUAUUUAUUUGGUCGCAAUCAACAGCUGAAUGAUUUUUGCAUCGAUCAUGCAUCUUGCUCUCGGGUUCAUGCAGCUCUCGUUUAUCACAAACAUCUCAAUCGGGCAUUUCUAGUUGAUCUGGGAAGCACACAUGGUACCUUUAUUGGAAACUUACGUUUGGAAGCCCAAAAACCAACUCAAUUACCAAUUGAUAGUACAUUUCACUUUGGAGCAUCCACUCGAUAUUAUAUAAUUAGAGAAAGACCUCAAACUGGUGCCAGACCUAUCAUCGAAGAACUAGAGAAAUUAUCCGAGGAUAUUGAUGCUGGUGGUUUGUUGGGUCUACCAGAAACUGAAACAGAACUUGAUAAUUUGACAGAAUUUAAUACAGCUCACAAUCGACGAAUCUCUAUGCUCGGUAUAACGGACGACGAAAUGCACAAACCGACACGCAAGCGAAAGAAAAAGGGCAUUACCUUCAAUGACGACGAAGAGGUGAUUAAUCCGGAAGACGUUGAUCCGUCAGUCGGAAGGUUUCGUAAUCUUAUACAAACGACAGUUGUUCCUAGCAAGAGAAUGCGUAUGGAAGGGGGUCUCAUAUCAUUGUUCGAAGAUCACAAUCCUCUAAAACACAUGCAGCCUACGUCCACCACUCCUCAGCUCUAUCACGAUCUACCUCCCGAGCAGUUUACGCCGUCCUCGAUGUCGAUCAAUCCGUUCUCCACGGCUCUCACGUCGCUGACAUCGCGAUUGGGUAUCGCACUACCUAAUCCGGCGCCCGAAGUGGAAAUGACUCCGAAUCAAGUGCAGACAGAAGUGCCGCAUGUGCAGGAACAUUUGCCAAGUACGACGGAGCCACGGACGAUGGAACCGAAGAAGAAGAAGUACGCCAAAGAGGCAUGGCCUGGGAAAAAACCGAUACCAACGCUUCUUGUAUAAUAGAAAAAAUUACGGUUCGUAUAAUUAUAAUUCUAUCAUCGAUUUUCUGAGAGAACUGUUAAUCUUCCAAGAAUUGUUCAUACAUUGUCAAUUCGCGAUUUUUCUAUCAAGUUUGUUAUAUUUUCAGUGAUAACAUCUUAUAUCGCGAAUUAUGUAAAAUAUUAAAGAGACUAACUUUAUUAU